UACUUUGACUUUCUCUUCGUCUUAAUUUGACUUGGUAGGGGGUAAAAGAGAAGAAGACCGUCGUUUUUCUCCGAUGGCGAUUAGAGGAAUCCUCACGAUUUCAACGGUGGUUUGGUUUCUGCUGACGGUUAAUUACAGCGAAGCUAUAUGGUUAACGAUUCCGGCGACGGGAGGGACUAAGUGCGUCUCGGAGGAGAUACAGAGCAACGUCGUCGUCUUGGCUGAUUACUACGUCGUCGAUGAGCAAAAUCCUGGAAACACACCUGCUGUUUCUGCUAAGGUAACAUCUCCUUAUGGGAACGAUCUUCAUCACCAAGACAAUGUAACGCAUGGUCAGUUUGCGUUCACAACUCAAGAAACAGGGAACUACUUGGCUUGUUUCUCGGUUGAUUCAAGUCAUCAGCUACCUAAUCCAUUGACACUUGGGAUUGAUUGGAAGAUUGGUAUCGCUGCUAAAGAUUGGGACUCUGUUGCUAAAAAGGAAAAAAUCGAGGGUGUUGAGCUUCAGUUAACGAGACUUGAGGGAUUAGUUCAGGCGAUUCGUGAGAACAUCGAUUAUAUAAAGAACAGGGAGGCGGAUAUGCGAGAAGUGAGUGAAGCAACCAACUCAAGAGUGGCUUGGUUUAGUAUAAUGUCACUUGGUGUUUGCCUUUCCGUUGCGGGUGUACAGAUAUGGUACCUGAAGCGAUAUUUCCACAAGAAGAAACUCAUCUAAAGACUUUGGCUUGAAGGAUAACUUUGCUAUAUUUAGUAACAUCACAGACUCUCUCACUUUGUAAAGAGGGAAAAGUUUCAAAGUUUGUAGAGGCAACUAGUUACAAUUGAAGAACUCAUUUUCAUUUUAUCUUCUCUGAAACAUUAUAUUGGUAGUUUUAGGCCUGCGGUUGUUAACAAAUCUGUCAGAUUUUCGGUUUGGUUCGGUUGAAUUCAGCAACUAAAAAAUUGUUAACCAAAAACUAAUCCGAACCAAAUUUCUUUACUGUUCACUUCUGCGAGAUUUCGACCAUUGAAUUUGUU